GUGUGCGAUAGCGUUCUGUGGAAUAUUUUAAAAGUGGAAAGGAAAUAUUCAAGCAAUAGAAAAAUGAACUUUACUUCUGAUCUAAUACAUAAAGUCCAGAAUGAGGCCCUCGACAAUGACAUGUGCCUGCUAGUGGAUGAGACUGACAAGUACCUAGGUGCAGCCACCAAGAGAGCUUGCCACCGAGUAGGGGACGACGGAAAACUGCUGCUGCACAGAGCAUUCAGCGUCCUGAUGUUCAACACAGCUGGAGACAUACUCCUACAGCAGAGAACUAGUCAGAAAGUGACAUAUCCAAAUUGCUACACAAAUGCGUGCUGCAGUCACCCACUACUCAUAAACGGGGUACAAGAGGACAUUACUACCGCAGCAAUACGUAGACUAAAAGUGGAACUAGGGUUAUCAGAACAUCAGGCACGUAAGAAAUUUAAUUUUAAUCAUUCAUAGCCAUUCUUCCGGGAUGUGGGGUCAAGGGGAGGUUGGUAGGCAGGAUCCACGCAGAUACUGAAUGUCAAUCCUAUUGAGAUGUAAAUUAUGAAGACUUAAACUGAUUGCGAUAGAGUUAACUUCGGACUUUUAUGUGAUACCUACUGAUUUUAGAUGAUAACUUUAGAAAAUUGGUUUCAAGGCUAAGCUUAAGGUAUAACUACAUAUUAUCACAGUAUAAAGUUUAGAUUAAGCAUGGUACUGCGGUGGUUUUAGGCCGUCAGUGUCCAGCGUAUCUAUCCGCCUUACCGAGGUCGGAAAAAUCCAUGAUUAUUUCUACUAAAAGAUAGGUAUGUCCAUAAUGACUUUAACGAAUUAAACGACUGAAGUUA